CCGCGUACACUUCUCGUCGUGCUAUUGACAGUGCGGCGAGGAAAUUUAGUCGUUUGCUGCGUACUUAGCAUCGUACACGUCGCCGAGUCACGGUGAGUGUAUCGCGAAGUUAAGCUUAUUUCCGAUUAUUCCCGACGACGACGACGACGACGACGACGACGACGACGAUAACUAGCAGCACGAGUACAGAAGACACGCGAACAGGCAAUUAUGGAUCGUUGGCUCGGUAAAACCGCACUCGUUACCGGCGCUGCAACCGGCAUCGGCGAAGCAAUUACACGCGCUCUCCUGCGAAACGGAGUGAACGUGGUCGCUGUGGAUAUUCAGGAGGAAAAAUUGGCGGAUCUGCAUGCCCACAAGUCGAGUCAGAGGAACUUGGGCGUACUGCAUACCAGACAUUGCGACAUUAGCAAUGAGCAGGACAUCGAGCGAGUGUUCAAGCACAUCGAGGAGACGUACGACGGCGUUGACAUUAUGGUCAACAACGCCGGAGUCAGCAAUUAUAACCGCGUGAUCGAGAGCGACAGGAAGACAUUUGAAAGGCUGUUAAAUAUUAAUGUCCUCGCAGUCGCUACGUGCGUCAACAUGGCGGUGCGCUCGAUGCGCGCCCGAAACGUCGAAGGGCAUGUUUUCAAUGUCAACAGCGUUUUAGGCCACGAGAUCCCGGCGAAGCCUCUCUCGGAGAUUAUCGGCUGCAACGGCUGGAAUCUGUAUCCCGCGUGUAAACACGCAACAGUCGCUCUCACUCAUACCGUGCGGCGAGAAUUAGCGGCAAUUAAGUCCCCUAUUCGGAUCACGAGUAUUAGCCCCGGCAUCGUUAAAACGGAGAUAGCUAAGCACUCUGCGGAGUUGCAGGAGUUGCUCGACGAAGUGCCAGCUCUUGUGCCCAAUGACGUGGCGGACGCGCUUAUUUACGCCCUCGCAACGCGACCGGAAGUUCAGAUUACGGAGCUCACCAUCCAGCAUACAGGCGAGUUUUGAGAGAGCUGGCAGGAAUAUUUCCAAACGAAACGCCCUCGUUUCUCCUGCGAGCGCGUCAACGACUGUACGAAAAAAGAAACUCGCGCUGACAAUAAAACGAAAAACUUUGCGCCGUAAA